UCCACGAAAUCCCGGCCACCAUACUUUGGUUAACUACCUCUCCUCGACCAUUCUCAAAAAAAAAAAAAACCUCUCCUCGAGCGGUCAACCCUCCCUAAACCCUACCGCCGCCGCCGUUGCCGGCGCUGUCCCGCCUCCUCGCCGAGAGCUCUAGCGGGGAGCCGUCAUGGCGCCUACGCCGCCGAAGACAGGGCUGUUCGUCGGGAUCAACAAGGGGCACGUCGUCACCAAGCGCGAGCUGCCGCCGCGCCCUUCUGACCGCAAAGGGAAAAUUACCAAGAGGGUCCAUUUUGUUCGGAACUUGAUCAGGGAAGUUGCUGGAUUCGCGCCAUACGAGAGGCGUAUCACUGAGCUUCUGAAGGUUGGAAAGGAUAAGCGUGCACUCAAGGUAGCCAAAAGAAAGCUAGGGACACAUAAGAGAGCCAAGAAGAAGCGUGAGGAAAUGUCCAGUGUUCUUAGGAAGAUGAGGUCUGCUGGAACGGCCGAAAAGAAGAAGUGAAGCGUCCGACCUGCUUAGUUGUUUUGAGGUUGUGGAUAGUUAGAUUGUUAUUGAACUACACUAGGGAUCAGUCUCAGAGAACAUGUUUUCAGUGGUGUGUCAAGCCAUGUUUCCCUCUUGUCAUGUUUUAUUUACUCCAUGAAAUCAAUCAUAGAAGCUGCACCCGCUUGCACGGUUUUAUUUUUUCAGGUGAUAGGUGGCUCAGAGCAAUGUUUAUUGGGUGGUCUUGCCAUGGUUUAUCAAAUGUUUCAGCAGCUUCCAUUACUUUUUA